AGGCCUACAUGGAUGCAGCCAAAGAGGGAGAAAAAGAAGAAGACGAUAAUAUGAUUUUCUCUCGUGUUUUGCACGCGCCACGCGUCCUUGUGCGUUCUAUCAUGAAGCAGCAGCAGCAGAACCCGAGUCCUUCGCACAAAGAAGCACGUCUCGUCAUGGAUACAGGAACCAUACCACCGGAACCAUACCACUCAGUACCUGUUCGCACGGAGUCGCCAGUCCAGCCUACACCAGCAGGCAGCUUGCUACAAGUGGGAGACAAGCGAAGGAUCCACGACAGUAGGGUACUUGCAGUCAUCACGACCGUUAUCGUUCUGGUUCUGGUCGUGACCGGCCUGGUGGUUCCGUGGGCGUACGCCGCUGCGAGGAUCUCUCGGUACCGACAGGAAAAUGUCACUCGAUUCUGCUGCCCAGAAAUCAUUGAAGCCCUCUACCAGGUUGUGAACCUGAGCAAGGAUCCGUGCACCAACUUUCAUGAGCACACCUGCCAUAGGUUCAGUCAAGCUACUGGCACGGUUCGUAGGAAAGUUAUGCGGGACGUGGUGGAUUCAAUCUUCCAAAUGAGGGCUCCCAAUGUGGCAGGAAGAGAGGUCCCACGUUCAAAGACAGCACGGUUGCUUGGCGAGUUGUACGGGGGUUGCCUCCGUGUUGCCCAAAUCGACUUCCCGACCAUCGUCAGUGUUUCCGUUGAAAGGGUACUCGCGGUACUUCAGGUGCGAGCGGUACCUACUCAAGCCGAGCUGCUCGAACGGACGCUAUAUUCAAGUUCCGAAUGGUACCUCACCUUCUUCCUCGAUGUUUACUACGCCACCCACAGCGAACCUGGUGUCACCAUCAUGAACAUCAAAAUCAGCGACAUCUAUUACGCAGACAAUUUGUUGCCAAGGAACGCCCUUGAAAUCGCUCUGGCAACGAUUGAUCGCUGGGUGGGCAUACGUGUGCCACUUGAUAGACUCUUGGAUUUCAUGAGGGAAAUACAGCGAGGGCCACACAGCACAACAUCAAAGAGGCGGGACCAGUCAAUGGCGAGACGUCCACCAACGGAACCUCCAGAGUCCAAAAUCACGUUCUCGCAACUGCUCGCCUCACAGCCGAGCGUUCUUCGGGAAUCUUGGGAAUAUGCGUUCUCCAAUCUUUCGUACUCGCAAAGUUCAACCAUCGAGGUCACUUCUCCCAAAACUGUCUUCUACAUUCUCGGUGCGUUCCUGAACGAGACCAGGCGACCAGAAGGCUUUGCGCUACUCGCAUCACUAGGAGCGGCCUACUUACACCCAGGCUUAUGGGACUCUGAGCAUGUCAGCGGAACUGGAGCAGCUCAAACUUGCAGCAAUAUCAUCAAUACCUACAUGCCUUUGUGGAAUGACGCAUUGAGCUUUAUUUUGACUAGUAGUGAAACAGACGACAAAGUACGCUCGAUCUUCAACAGCGCCAUCGACGGCGUUACCCAAGUGGCAAUUAGUAUUUACGAAUCACAGGCGCACUCACGAGUGCGCGGCAUCAUCAACAGCACAAAGCUGAUCUUACCCUCAGACCGGAACGCACGCGGAAUCAAUAUAUCGUCUAAGACGUUCACAAACAUCAAAAACUUAUUUCAAGAAAUGGAGGAUGCUAAAAUCGUCAGGUUUUAUGCAUAUAACACCAUCAAUGUGCUGAAACUGUGGAAUGAAUACGACAGGACUCAGGCUCUCAACGGCAUCAAACCCGACAUUGGUACGAAGAGAAACGUUUCCGAAAUGGUGAUUCGGCGGAUCGGCGAUUACAUUCACGUCCCACCGGCGGUGUACACCUUGUUACACUUCAACGAUACUGUGCAUAGGUUGGUCAACAUGGCUGUACUCGGCGUUCAAAUCGCCGACUCACUGUGGGACAAGAUAAUCGCGGGCACGAUGAACGAUUCGACGACAUCUCUCAUAGUGAGCUGUCGGAACCAGAAUAACAUUACGCGAAUGACGGAUAUGUCAAACAUCAAGUUCCCUUUGCUGAGCAUAUGGACUUCGGCUCUAAUUUCAAUGGACGACACGUGGACGACCAUGAUGGAGGGCUGGGGAUUGUGGAGGGUAUCUCCCAGUCAAGUAUUUUAUAUGCUCGUCUUCUAUUACCACAUAUGUGAGCGUGGAGCUGAGACAGCACUUGGAGCGCAACUGGGCGGCCUCUUGAGCGCACUUCCGGAUUUCAAUACCGCUUUCAACUGCACGGAACGGAAUGUUGGUGGAAACUGUUCAGACUCUCUUCUGAAGAAAAUAACGUUCUGAAGAGGUGGAGCUUUGAGAGUUGACCGCCGACUGUUACGAGUAGAUAUGUUUUGCGAGUGUCCGUGUAUAGCUAUAGUGGGCACACUCUACAAUUAGCAGCCUGAAUAGAAAAUAUGCU